CACGUGCUCACAUUGUUAGUUGUCCUUAAGUAGAGUACUUGAAUGCCUUUUUUGAAGGUAUUUUGUGUUGCGUUGUGGUGACAGUGAAACCGACACAGAGUGAUGCCUCCCUCUCGCACCCAGACACAGACGAUCUUUGGUUGUGUAAUCUCUCCGGAUAAAGAUAGAGCAAACUGGCGAGCAUGCGCCCGAGGGGUCGUCGAAGAAUCCAGUAAAUAGAACACCCGGAGCACGAGCCAGAGUGUCGGCGCUGACGUCACGGCCUACAUCGAGAGCUCGAGCUGAAUUGUGAAGCGCGAGCUUUCAGACGGAGGCGCGCCGAGGCGAAGGACACGCAACCACCCGACGAUGAACUCCCGUCGGUGCGACUCUGCUGCUUUCUGACGGAGGAAAUACAACAUUGUUUUUUUCCGUCAUAAUUGUGGGUUAUUUCUUUCUUCAUUCCGGCGACAAAAAACACGAACCAACGGACAUUUUGGAGAAGGUUUUUUUUUGGGGGGGGUUUAAAAAGCAUGUCCUCCGCGGCGGUCGCUGCCUCCAGAAGGCAGUCCUGCUAUCUGUGCGACUUGCCCCGCAUGCCGUGGGCGAUGAUUUGGGAUUUUACCGAGCCAGUUUGCCGCGGAUGUGUCAACUACGAGGGGGCAGACCGGAUUGAAUUUGUCAUCGAGACCGCCCGGCAGUUAAAGCGAGCACACGGCUUCCAGGACGGCCGCUCUCCGGGCCCGGGGAAGCCCCACCACGCCACCGGGAAGGACCUCAACCACCACUCGGCUGGUGGAGUAGGAGGAGACCCGGGCUCGCGAGCGCCUCCGCAGCCGUUGGACCGUUACCCGCUGUCCGACCGCCCCCCGCGGCUGGGACCGGAGUACCAGGCGCCAGUGAGGCAGGUAAACGGCCUGCCGAACGGAUUCCCUAAACCGGACGAGCCUCCGGAGCUGAACCGCCAAAGCCCAAACCCACGCAGGACUAGCGCGGUUCCUCCCAACCUGGUGCCGUUGGUGAACGGCGGCAUUCCGAGCAUUCACCCGCUCAACGGCCGCGCGACUCAGAUGGGUCUAGGGGUUCUGUCUGCACACGGCCCCGGCGCCGGGGUUCUGUCUGCACACGGCCCCGUCGGCGGGGGCGAGCACGGCGGGAAGCGCCCGGAGGACGUGAAAGACAAACACAGGCCGGACAGCCUGUUGGACAUGUCGGACAGCCACAAGGACUGGAUGGGCAAACCAUCGCCUUUCAUUCACUUUUCUUCUACAGUUUUGUUUUUCUUUUAUUCCAUUUUUUUUUUUUUUUUUUUCUCUCCUUCCUCUUCUUCUUCCUCUUCCUCUUCCUCUUCCUCUUCCUCAGACCGGGGGAAACACCCCCGCAGCCUGAAGAGGAAGCCCUCCCCAGAGCCCGACGGCGAGGGCAGCAGCGCUCCCAAGAUGAACGGCGCCGAGGGCCCACCGUGGCUCCCGUCCCCCUCCGAGGUCCUGAAAAUGCCGCCGAUGGGCCUGCCGGGCUUCGCCGCCAACGCCUCCUCCACCGCCUCCCCCCACUGCCGCGCCACGCCGCCGGAGGCCGCCACGCCGCAGAACGGCCUCCCGAUGGCCGCGCUGAUCCUCGCCACGGACAACGCGGGCCACGCCGGCUCGCCGAAAGACGCCAACCAGGUCCACUCCACCACCACGACCACGACGACGGCGCCGAUGGCGAUGGCGAGCUCGCGACGGAACAGCGGCAGCCCCCUGUCGCCGCAGCGGAGGCUCGCGCAGAGGGACAACAGCGGCGGCGCCUCUUCGGCGGACCCGCACGCCACGGCGCCGCCGCCGCAGAGCGUACCGGACUCCUCGGUGCCGCCCGGCGGCGCUCCGCUGUGCUGCACGCUGUGCCGCGAGCGCCUGGAGGACACGCACUUCGUCCAGUGCCCAUCGGUGGCCUCGCACAAGUUCUGCUUCCCGUGCUCGCGGGAGAGCAUCAAGCAGCAGGGCGCCACGGGGGAGGUGUACUGCCCCAGCGGCGAGCGCUGCCCGCUGGUCGGCUCCAACGUGCCCUGGGCCUUCAUGCAGGGCGAGAUAGCCACCAUCUUGGCCGGGGACAUCAAGGUAAAAAAGGAGAGAGACCCGUGAGAACGAUUUGAUCUCUCACCGGAUUGCUUUUUUUUUUUUUUCUUCUUAUUUGUGGAAUACGACUACGGCAACAAAGGAGGGACAUUCACGCACGCAGGGCUGCUCGAUUUAUGGAUAACGAAAUUACAUUUUAAUUUAUUUCGGUCCGUAUUGAAAUCACGAUCAUUUAACACAGUGGUUCC